GAUUGACCUAUAAAAGCUUGUGCAAUGUAGAUUUUACCAUGCAUUGUAAUUUAUAGCUAUGACAUUACAGAAAACAUCCACUCUUACAUAGAUGUUACCAAAUGUAUUACUAUAGUACAUAUUUUAUUGUUGGUGUGAAAACGGACAUGCUAGCUUGACAAAAACACAGGGCCAGAAAAAGCUUUACUUGCAUUUGUUUUUUAAACGUUAUUCUGCGUCGUCAUUGACUCACAUGAAUAUAUUUGAUCACCAUUUGUUACAUUCUCUGCCCUUAUUUAUAUGAAAAACACUUGGAAGUUUGCAACCAAUAUUAUGCACUUCUAUUCUUUUUUUCAUAAACUGUGCAAGUGACCUUCCUUGCCCAGCCCACACUAAAAACGCACAAGUCUCAGCACUAAACAAAGAGUUCCCUUUUUUUAGUAGACAUCCAAUAACAGCACGUGUUACUUUCUGGGUUGAUAGCAGAAGUAGUGUUGAAUAUAGGCAGGCUGACAUCAAUGCAAUGCAUGCUGAAAGAAGAUGAGGACAUAGCAAGAGUUUUGUGGUUGUGAGGGACUGUGUGACAUCACUGCCCAAGUUCCUGUGCGUGUCUAUGGGAGUAGACAAUGAAGUUCUUCUUGAGUACCAUAUCACAUGCGCAGCCACAGUUUUUCAGCUGUCCGGGUCUCGUCUUUGUUUUUCUGAUUUGGCUAAGCUGGUGUUCUUCUACUCUUUGACCAGAGACGUGUUGGCUCUCUGUCUAAGGAUUCCUUGCUGGAUGGACAAUGUGACUGAGCGCACCAAAGAUCAUCUUUCUCAGCUUGAACCCGAAGCCUGGCUCAGCAGCACGCCGCCUGACCAGAUUUCUGAUGAAAUAACGCACAUGGAGCCGACCACUGUCAUGUGCGCCAUACAGCUGACCUCAACCAAUGGGGCAUUGUGUGUCAUCAAUCCACUCUAUCUUCAUGAACAUGGUGAUGACUGGCUUUCAUAUCAGGCAACUGGUCUGCAGACAUCAAAUUACAGACAAGAACGACGCCUCAGUUCCACUCGAACAUGGGCUGGAGCGAGCCUGAUGAGCAAACGAACCGUUUCCUUGGACCAGGAAUCUUUAGUUGCCACUACUGAGGGCUCAGGAUUAAUCCGAGCCAAAUCAGAAGAGUCCCCGCCAUCAGUGUCUGUCCAAGAAGGGGUAGUCCUCAGGCAUUCCAGCAACAACUCCACAUCGAGCGUUUCCAAGAGAGCCAGCACAGGGAGCUUACCUCUUUCCCCAGAGCUGCUGAACCGUGGCAGCCAUGGGCCUCACACCCCGCACAGGGUGUCCUGGAUCGAGGAUGGACUGUGGCCACCUCCAGCCCAAAGGCCCUCUUCCUUUCUUCAGGCUCCAUCGCCUGAGCUCGACUCGCUGUCCAUUAGCAGCAUCGAAGAAGAGCAAGAAGAGCAGUCGCCAAGCCCGGCGGCGCACCAGCCGUCGGCACAGCGGCUGGCCGACAAAGUCAUACAUCGCUUCUCAGCAGUGGGCCAGGCUCUCGGCAGCCUGGUGUGUCAGAAGAAGAGGUUGACCAACCGCGUGUUGGAUCUUAGCGAGAAGAAACGUGGCUCAUUUGCAGAUGCUGCGAGAGAAUUUGUGGAGGUGACGCUGCAGAGAGGGACUGACCCUGGGGGCUUAAUGGGGUCAGAGUUCUUACAGGAAUUGAGGUCAUCGCUUACUUCGCUGAGGGAGACUCUCUUGGACUACCCUGAUAUCCAGGCACUGCUGGACAGUAUGACCGACUUUAGUGACUCAGAGAUAGACUCCCUGGUAGAGAUGUCAGUUCAUAAGGUGGCCCUUAAACCCGUGUCAGCUCACAUCUACUCUUGCAUUUCCAUUUGGCGCACCAAUGAUGGCAGUCUACAACGACUACAGAACAAACAGCGUGCUUUGGUCGACAACGGCGUGGAGGCGCUCGGGGGCGCAGCUGGAGUCGGUGUUCCUGACUCAGUCACCCUUGAGCGGAUCCAGCAACGGUGGUUGAGUAUGCACGAGGCCUAUUCCCCAAACAAAAAAGUCCGGAUCUUGCUGAAAAUCUGCAAGAGUAUCUACCACAGCAUGAGUAGCAAUGCCAGCUCAGAUGUGGUGUUUGGAGCUGAUGAUUUCCUGCCUUGCUUGACGUGGGUGCUUUUGCGUAGUGAGCUGGUCAAUUUGCAAAUAGACACCGACUACAUGAUGGAGCUACUGGACCCCACACAGCUUCAGGGAGAAGGUGGUUACUACCUCACAACCUUGUACGCCGCUCUCUACUACAUCAGCAGCUUUCAGCCACGCUUGGCCGCCCGUCAGCUUAGUGUGGAAGCCCAACACUCUCUCAGCCAAUGGCAUCGCAGGCGCACCCUUCACAGCAACCAAUCCCGUCACAGUUUGCGACGACAGACCAUCCGCAGACAGACGAGUCCUAAGAAGUCAGUGCAGGCUGGGGAGACCGAGAGCGGGGAUGUACACGAAAGUGGCAAAGAUGAGCCACAGCAGGAAACAGAAAGCAGUGCAGAGGUUGAAGGUCGAGAGGAUGGAGACCAGGACACUGAAUGAAGCUUGUGCUUUAGAACAAAAACAAAGGACAUAGGAUUGAACAUAAUCUGCGUGAUGUUUGCAAAACUUGCUUAACCACAUAAAAGGCAAACUGUG